GACCGCGAUUUUUUUUGUUUAUUUGUCCAUUGUUACGUGUUAGUUGUCAUUGUUUAGAAUUCUACAAACCCAAGUUUAAGAAUCUGCUAUUUGUCUUUGGAUUAUUACGUCAUAGAGUGGAUUAUUACGUCAUAGAGUGUUUGGGGAGAAUGAGCAUUGUGUAUUAACAAGAAGGUUAACAAUGAAUUGCAUCCGAUUGGUCGCGAUUAUUGUUGGGUUGGCUGUCUGUGAUGUGAUUGGUCAAAAUCAAGAUGUUUGUGCUGUUGGAUCUGGAUGGUCGUACUCGUCAUCGUAUACGUCAUCAUCGUCAUCGUUUGCUACGUCAUCAUCGUCGUCAUCAUCGUCUACGUCAUCGUCUGUAUGCGUGCAAGCGAAGGUUCCAGAAGAUUGCAUCAAGGUCAAUCCAAACUGCCAAUGGUGUGCACAGGAGGACUUCAGCGGACAGCGUUGCAACAUCCAGCCGAUCCUAGAGGAGCAAGGAUGUUCGGAUCUUCAGAUCAUCGAGUCAUCCGUUGCCAUGGAUGCCGCAAACGAAGCGAAUCGGUUCGAUCAUCAAAGCGCUAGCGCGCGCAUAAGGGUCGGUGGGAACGUGAACAUUAACUUCCGCAUCCGGGAACCGAUGGUUUACCCCGUUGAUUUUUACUACUUGAUGGAUGUCAGUUACAGCAUGUUGGAUGAUUUGAAAUCGGUGCAAACAUUGGCGCAACAACUCGUGGCGACGCUGCAGGAGCUGACACAAGGUGGAACAGGGAGCGUGAAACUUGGGUUCGGCAAGUUUGUGGAUAAAGUUCAAAGCCCGAUGACACAGAUGACUCCUUAUAAAUUACAACAUCCAUACGGGAGUUCAACCGACGCCCCUUUCCUGUUCCGCAACGUCAUCGAUCUGACGUCAGACGUAGAUAAGUUUGAACAAGUGCUGAGUAAGCAAAACGUGUCGGGGAAUCUAGAUCCGCCAGAGGGCGCGCUUGACGCAAUGUUACAGGUGGUGAAAUGCAAGGAGUUGAUUGGCUGGCGUGGUGAUGCGCUUCGAUUACUGAUGGUGGCGACUGAAUCGGCUUUCCACUUCGCUGGGGAUGGUUCGGGAUAUUUGGCUGGUAUAUCAAGGGCUAAUGAUGGGAGGUGUCAUACAGGGGGGGAUGGGAUAUACGUUGGAGCUGAAGAGCAAGAUUACCCAACAGUGAACCAAGUAGUGAGAGCUGUUGAAGAAAACUCCAUUACCCCAAUAUUCGCCAUCGGGAAGACGUAUGCUGAUAUGUACAAGUAUGUAUCAGAAGAUGUGUUCCGUGGUUCAACAUGGGGAAUAUUGAAGAAAGAUUCGAGCAACGUCGUAGAUCUAGUUAGAAGGGCUUAUCUUGAUAUCACGGGUAAGCAAGAGAUUGUGACGUCAAACCCCGAUGAUUCGGUGUUGUGUCCUUGGUAUCACGUGACACGGCCAGGUGGCGCUAUGGAGCAACUUUCGGUUGAUGGAACUUUGGUGGGGGGGUUGGAGUCCGGUAGUAAGGUUUAUUACAACAUGUCAUUGUACGCGAAUCGAGGAGCUUGCGCUGGUGCUACGUCAUGUCCGGUUGGUGACGUCAUAGUAAAGACGCGGCAAUAUGAUGAUAAGUUGACAAUAGCGACAUCUGUGGUGAGCGCUUUCGGAUGCGCGGCUACCGUCAUCGUGAACAGUCCAUCUUGUAGCGGUAACGGCAACUUCUCGUGCGGAAUAUGUCGUUGUCUCCCCGCAUGGGGUGGGAGCAGUUGUAGUAUCCCCGUGGAAGGGAAGAUCGGGUGUCUACCGCUAGAUGGCGGUGCUAAGUGCUCGGGUCGUGGUAAAUGCUUGAACAAUCGUUGUCAAUGCGACCCCGGGUAUCGACAUGGGAAGUCGAAGAUCUUCGGUGAUUUCUGUGAAUGCGAUGAAUGUCCUGUGAGGGCGGGGCUGGUUUGCUCUGGGAAUGGACGAGCGGUAACGGGCACCGGUUGUUCUUGCGAUUGCGUUUGCGACGCUGGUUGGGAAGGAUCCGACUGCGCAUGCGCGUCAAACACAACCACCUGUAUGGGGCUUGGGGGUGAAAUUUGUUCCGGGUUCGGACAAUGCGUUUGUGGGGCGUGUGUUUGUGACGUCACAUCCGGCUACAGUGGACCGACGUGCAGCGAUUGUGUGCAGAAUUGUCCAUCGUGUGCUGCGUUCAAGGAUUGCAUCCAGUGCACGAUGCACCAAUCAGGAGCGUUGGCUGAUUCUUGCGUCACAAGUUGUAAUGAUGAGGUCAUAGAGGUGGGAAAGAACUCAAUGAAAGAAGAGGACAUCGACGAGGCAUCGGGUGAAGUAUUAUGCGCAGCCCUGGACAAAAUCGAUAACUGCAAGUUUUAUUAUUCAUACAAACCCAGCGGGAGUGGGAUGGUGUUCAAAGCCGAGGUGGAGAAACGUUGCAAACCGGAAUAUUCGUUGUUGAUAAUAUUAUGGUGUAUCUUGUUGUUCCUAUUGAUCGGUUUGAUUCUAUUGUGUUGUUGGAGGUGUUGUGUUUACGUCAUCGAUAAGGAGGAAUCGAAGAAUUACAAACUCAGCAAUAUCGCUAUGAUGACGUCACCAGCACUGAUUCCAUUGUUACCGGCUAUGGGGGCAGGGAGUGUGAUCGAAUUCAUCAAGUCUAAGUACAUGGCGCGUAAAAGUGCUCGCAUGGUUGUCAUCCCCGUCAGGCGGUCGUUCUUCAACGGAUCCACAUCCGUCAGGUGGCGCACGUACGCCGGUUCAUCGAUGGACGAUGAUUAUGAGGUUUUGAGUCAAGGAGAAGAAGGGACGCUUGCGAGGAAGGGGCGCGCCGAGAGGGUGGUGGUCCACGGUAAGAACGGAGAUUCAACGAUCGAAGUCGAACCACUUCUUUGUGACGAAAGAGGAGCAGGACAAAACGGGCAACACACCGAAGCCUCAACGAUGAGAUUCGAAUCCGAGACCCUCCCGUUGAUAGAGAAGCUUAACUGGGGCGAUGGGGAGAUCACGUUCAGGGACGACGAAGAGUUUUCUAGCAUAGAAAUCCCAUUAAUGCACGACUUCAGUGGGAGGGAGGUUUUGUUCUGGGUCGAAUUAUUCGGGGAGGAAAAGGGGGUGGCCCUGGGGUUGAGGAGGACAAAGGUUAUUGUUAUCAAGGAUGAAGAAUCCGGCAUCCUCGGUUUCCCGAAGCCGAACUUUGUGUUCAAGGAAAACGAUGGAUUUGCUAUCGUUCCGGUUCAUCGCACAGUGGGCAUGGAUGGUCACGUGGGUGUGACGUGGUACACACGUGACAUCACUGGUAUCAAUGGAAAGCAUUACGUAGGCGGUCGUGGCGUCAUCGAGUUUGGUGACGGAGAGGUUAUCAAACAAGUACAAGUAGCUUUGAUCCCCGACAUCAUUUAUGACGAAACAGAGAAAGCGUUCAAUAUCAUGUUGGAGGAUCCGACAGGUGGCGCUACAGUGGAUUUGGAUCACUGCAUGGUGUCGCUGUUGAGCGAUGAAGAAUGCGCGUUGGUUCAAUUUCCUAAAGAUGCUUAUCCUUUUAUGGAAAACUGUGGAUUGGCGGAAGUUGUGGUAAUGCGAACCAGAAGUACCAAGGGGGUUUCCCAAGUGACGUGGCGAACCGAGGACGAUACCGCUGUAGCCGGGAAGGAUUACGUAGCUUCCGGUGGCAUUGUUACGUUCGCUAACGCGGCGACGGAAGCCCACGUCACAAUCCCUAUUAUCGACAACGACGUUUAUGACGACACAGGACGAGCAUUCCGCGUCAUCUUAUCCGAUCCAAGCGAAGGAACGAAACUUUCAAACAAUGUUGCGACUAUAUCUAUUAUAGAAGAUGACGAGCCAGGAAUGUUCGAGUUCACAAAGACGAGAUUAGUGAUGCGUUCGAAGGAUACGCUUGGUCGGUUAUCCGUCAUAAGGUCGUUGGGGUCGGACGGGAUCAUCGGGGUGAAAUGGGGGGUGAGGGCCGUGGAUGGGGGUCAACUACCACCAGAUGUUGUUGGUAUGGGGGGUUGGUUGGAGUUCCAACACCAAGAGAUCGAUCGUCACCUCCCGGUUGAUCUUACCGCAUCCAGAUCGUGUGAGAUGAUUAAGUUCAUGAUAAUAUUGGAAGAAGUGACCGGAGGCGGAAGGUUGGGGUCGAAGAAGGAAGCAGAAGUUACGAUAUUCGCUGAGGAAGAUUUCGGCACGGUCAGUUUCGUACAAUCCCAGUUUGAAGUUCCCGCGACCACGGGCAUGGCUACGUUACUCGUAUCAAGGAAGGGAGGAAUUAAUAAUUCCGCGUUCGUUAUCUGUGAAACAACCGACCAAUCAGCGAUCAGUGGGAGCCAUUAUAGGGGGGGAACCAUCAGCGUUGUGUUCGACGUUGACGAGACAGUGAAAGAAGUCGGAAUCCCCGUCUACAACGACCCCAACCAUAAAGGUCAAUUAUUCUUUGGGGUCGCGCUGAGGUCAACACCGGGGGGGCCAAAGAUCGGGGACCCGUCGACGGCAGUUGUUGCGAUCACUUGUAUCCCAAUGACCCCGGUCCUCCACGCUGGCUUUUCACCACCGGGGGCGUGCACGGUCGAGUUCCUUAAGUCGAAGUAUUUGUGUCGAAGAAGUAUCAAGGUAAUUAGGAUUUCCAUCCACCGAUCCUCCCCCGACGGAAGUUGCGUCAUCCACUGGGAGGUUCGUGGACCAACCAACGAUGAGAUGCAACCUUCCCGAAGAUCCCGGAGGAUCUCAUCAUCAUCCGAGGAGGACGAUGUGGAUGAUAUUGGAUGGGGGAGAGGCCAAGUGAGGAUGGGGGAAGACCAAUCAUCCGCAACCAUCCACAUCGAUCUCGAGGAUCAUCAUAUCUUCGUGCCGCAGAUCUCCCUCCAGGUGGAGCUAGUGAGCGCUGAGUGGACGAGUCACCAUGACGACAAGUUGCAACUUGGUUUGAAACAAACGGAAGUUGUCAUUGUUAACGAUAUUGACGCUGGCACCCUUGGAUUCUCCAAGUCAACGUUCUCGUUCAAGGAAAGCGAUGGAAUCGUGGUUGUUCCGGUUCAUCGGUUAGGAGGGAUGGACGGUGUUGUGUCCGCUAGGUGGCGCACAGUGGAUGGGUCGGCUAAGGAUGGGGAGGAUUACGCCGGGGGUCACGGGGUCGUGAACUUUGACCAUAAUCAGAUAAUGGGCAACAUUGAGAUCAGCCUCCUUGGAGGAGAUGGAGGCGCGGAGGAACGAAGAUUCGAGAUCGAACUUUAUAAGAUAAGAGGAGGAGCAAGGACUGGAAUGAGGAAGACAACGGUUUAUAUUAUCAGUGAUGAAGAACGUAGCUUCGUCCAGUUCAGUAAGGACGCUUACCCCGUCAUCGGUAACUCAACCACGGUCAAGAUACCGGUGUUAAGAACCGGAAGCUUCCAGGAUAAAGUCCUCGUUAUUUGGAGGACAAUCGAUGGAACGGCAAAGUCAGGAGUUGAUUAUCAACAUUGUCAGGGUUUGGUCGAGUUCGAAGCAGGCGAAACAAAAUCGUCCGUCGAGAUUCCUAUCAUGGGUAAAUCCCCUGAAGCGAGAGAGUUCACGGUGGAAUUGGAAUCCGACCCUAAAGUUGGGUUGCAACGUGGAGCGAGGGGGAGGGUGACUAUCGGGAGGAACGAACGAGCUGUCGUCGCUAUUAUUAGCAAUCGAGAUCCUGGAAAGUUCGAAUUCAGCAAACCUUCGCAUAUAUUCCGUAGUACAGGGGGUUUGGGAAUGGUUCCUGUUAUAAGAUCCGAGGGCACUGAUGGUGAAGUUGCGUUGCCGUGGAAAAUCGAAUCACUCGAUGACCCCUCGCCCUUCGCUGGUGCCGAAGGGUUCCUCACAUUCCACGAAGGUCAGGUGACCUCGAGUAUCGAGAUCGGAUUAGAAGGAGUUCCCUCCGAUGCUUUCGCCAUCGUGCUACUGCCAUCUAGUGAGGGGCCAGUGUUGGGUUCGCAAACGAGGACGAACGUUACGAUAAUUGGAGAGAUAGACGCCCCUAUUAUUGAAAUGGAGAAGAGUAUGAUGUCACUGAAGGGUUGUGAGGUCAUAGAGGUACGUGUGUUACGUCGUGGUGACAUCAGCGAGGCAACUUAUGUUGGUUGGAAAACAACGGAUGGUGGAGCCGUGAACGGGAGGAAUUUCAUUGGGGGAGCUGGAAACCUCGUGUUCGACCCCAACGAGGAAUCGAAGUCGAUUCAAAUCCCUGUGUUAGCGCCACCUAAUGACCAGCCCGCCGAUUUCACGAUUCGACUCACAGAUGUUAGGGGGUGUGGCAAACUUGGCGAUGUUGCCGCGACAACCGUCACCCUCGAGCCCGUGCCAAGGGUUGCCGUGGCAACUUAUCAACAAUCGGCCCCGAUGCAAGAAACCAUCGUCGAGUUCGUACGUAAGCGUCACAUGUUCCGACAAUCCGAUGGUAACUCGUUGAUCCCCGUACGGAGGUCGGAUGCUCAUGGGAUGGUAGCCCUCCAGUGGCAGACUUACCCCAUCGUCGACGAGAUUACGCAAUCUAACAAUCAGGAAGUAGAUUGGGGGUCAGGCAUCCUUACAUUCGAGGACGGCGAAUACGAGGCGAACAUAGAAAUCAUAUUAUGUCGUGAAAUGCCAACGAGAGAAUCCAACUUUAAAGUUGAGUUGCACGACACGCAUGACCGAGUUACACUAGGUGUCCCCAUCACCACUGUCACCGUUAUAAGGGACAAAGACCCGGGGUUAAUCGGGUUCGCAAGCCCCCGUUUCGACUUCAAUAUCAGCGACGAUCAACUAGUGGUUCCGGUCCACCGAACAUCGGGGUCAGACGGGACGGUAGCUGUGCCAUGGUUCACGAGGGAUGGGACGGCAGUCGGAGGAUCUCACUACCUCCCUUGCGAUGGAAACCUCAUCUACAACGACGGUGAAGUUUUGAAACGAAUCGUUGUAAAGAUGCCGCGAAGAGUUGGUUGUUUUAACGAGGAUCAAGUCUCGUUUAAGAUCUGUUUGUCCGAGCCAGCAGGUGGCGCUACACUAAGCGUGCAUGAAGCGCACGUUGUUCUGUUGAAUGAUAUUGUCCCCGCGCAAAUCUCGUUCCCGCAACCUCGUGUCACGUGCGACCAAUCAAGCGGAACAGUGUUGGUUCCAGUUGAGCGCACGAACGAUUCCACGGGGCUUGUCACGUUGUCAUGGCAAUCACGAGGUUGCCCGGGGAAACACAAGUCACGAUACGAGACGUUGACGGGAACGAUCGUGUUCGAGGACGGGGAGGAUCAAAAAGAUAUCGCGAUCAAACUUCCCCCACAAGUCCAAGCAACAGGAAGUGAUGCGUUCAUGUUGGAACUUGAACAACCGACGUCCGGGAGGGCCACAUUAGGGGAAUCACCCAUGUGUACGGUAGUGGUCAACAACGAUAUAAUUCCCGGCAACUUUUCGGUGGAGAAAAAGUUUUACAACUUCAAGCAGAGCAGUUUAAGAGAGAAAAUACGAAUUGUGAGAAGUGGGGGCGUGAAAGGGGGCGUGUCUAUUCCUUGGAGGGUACUUCCCCUCCAAGAAGGGGCUCCCCCAUCUUCGUUACACGACCUUCAUGGUUCAGCGGAUUUCAGCGACGGACAAACCACAUGUGAUGUCACAAUACCUCUCCCCGAGGACACCGACGAGGAUCGGGAAGAAUUCAUCUUCAUCCUCCUUCCACCAGGUGGCAGGGCAGAGCUUGAGGAUCCGUUCAAAGCCGAGAUGUCGCUCUCUAACGACCUCAAGUGUGAGAUCUCGUUUACGAAGCCGGUGUACGAAGUACGGGGCGACGUCGAUACUUUGUUGGUUCCCGUGCUGAGGGACGGACCCAAGGGGAGGCCGGUGGCCGUGGAUUAUUAUACAAAGGAUGGCAGUGCAGUGGAUUGCGUCAAUUAUAUCGGUGGUGAAGGCACGUUAAGCUUCGAUGCAUGUGAGAAUAAGACGGACGUCCUCGUGCCGAUCAUGAACGACGUGCACGGGGGCUGCGUUACCAUGACGAUUCACCUGGGUGAGGUGAUGGGGCCGGCGGAGCUUGGGGCCAACCAGAUGGCUACGAUAAAGAUCAACAAUGUAGCAGGUGCGGGUAGCUUCGAGAUGGCGAGUCGACAACAAUCAGUAAAACAAACCCAACAAACACUGGAAGUUAUCGUUGUGAGGAGGAACGGGAGUAAGGGUUCCGUAACAUUACCGUGGUACGUUGAUCAUGUGACGUCGCGCUCUGAUGGAUACGAUGACCUGCAAGGAACGUUGUCGUUUGCGGACGGUGAAACGGAGAAGAGCAUAGAAAUCCCAUUAACCCCAACCCCACAGGACGACGAGAUUACCAGCGUUGAUGUUACAUUACUCACCCCAACAUCGGGGGGAGGGGUCGCUCUGGGUGAAGUUACCACUACAAGGGUGAACAUCGAGAAUGAUAUCGAUGGUGGGAUUGUCAACUUCGAGAAACCCGAGAUUGAAGCGUUUGGUACGGAUGGUGAUGUCAUAAUACCCGUUGUACGAACGGGGAUGUGCACUCACCCGUGUCAAGUCACAUGGGAAGCAACGGAUGACACAGCAUUGAGGGGAAAACAUUAUCGUGCGAAUAAAGGAACGCUUAACUUCCCCGCUGGAGGGCAACAAGAGGAAAUAACAAUCCCCAUUGUUAACGAUCCAUCGGGUGAUGUGAUGUAUUUCAACGUUGCUAUAACAACCACUAAAGGCGGGGUCAAAGUGGGGUCAAGGGGCGUGGCACGCGUCAUGAUUGAUCAUGUACAAGAAAUGACGAAAGUAAUGCAGAUCCAACAACAAUCGUCGCCACCAGUUCACGGUCGAGUGGGUUUCGCGAACAGUGUUGCCGAAGCGAAACAAAGCGAGAAAAAGAUCGUCCUUAAAGUUGAGAGAAAGGGUGGCAACACUGGCCGCUUGGUGGUGCCAUGGAGCGUGGAAACUGGGGACAAGGAAUCGCCCUACUAUAACCUCCACGGGCAGGAAACCUUCCGAGAUGGUGAGGACGAAAGCCACAUCGAGAUAGAAAUGCCAGAAGUUUCGCAAGAACAGGGAGCGGAAACGUUCAGCGUUAUCCUCGGACAUCCUACUGGGGGUGCCUCGCUCAGUGGUGACACCGAGUGUCAGGUAACCGUAGACAACGACGUCGUACCGGCUGUUGUGGGGUUCGAGAAGGAAUCCAUUGUGAUGAAACAAUCGGAGGAAGUUGUAACAAUACCCAUUGUUAGAAGCGGAAGAAUCGAUGGUAAAGUUCGCGUCCCGUGGAAAACGACGUCCACGACCCCAUCUUCACCCUACGAUGGAUUAUCGGGGCUGGAAACCUUCGAGGGGGGUGAGGGGGUUUCCCACAUCGAGGUUAAGUUACCCCAAUCACCCCGUGACGACCAAGUGGACGAGUUUAACGUCGUGAUCGGUCAACCGAAGAAUCGGGAAACAAUACUUGGUGAUGUCAUAAUGUGUAAAGUGACCGUGGAGAACGAUAUAGCUUCUGGUUUGAUUGAGUUGGAUCAGCGGUCACUGGAGGCGACACAGAGCAACGGGAAAGUUGACCUCAUCGUUCGUAGGAGACACCGUACCACGGGGAGGGUGGUGGUGCCGUGGCGUGUUGUGCCGCAGACCAACGACUCCGUGUACGUUGGUUUGGUUGAUGAAGUAACGAUGGCCGAUGGUUCAGAUGAAGCGGUGAUUGAAGUGAAACUACCGGCGCUGCCUUUGCAAAACGGGGAGGAAAAGAUUCAAGUCGUGCUCGAACCACCAGUGGGCGCUCACGCUAAGCUUGGAGAUAAUGCUGCUUGUGAUGUCAUAGUUACGCAUGAUGUUGGCGAGGGCGUGGUAGAGAUGCGAUCACAUGACACGACAUGCAUGGCUGAAGACGGUGAAGCUGAAGUGACAAUUGUCAGGAAGAUGGGCCACGACUUUGGUGCCGAGGUGGCGUGGCUUGUGGAAGAUGAAGACGCCGUGCGUGGGAAGCAUUACGAGGGGGAGGGAGGUCGUUUAAAGUUCAAACCCGGUGAAUCGGAACGAAGUAUUCGGAUCCCGGUCAACAACGAUCCAACGGGUGACGAUCGUCACUUCCUGGUUCGUCUACAGGAGGUCAAAGGUCGCGACAAACUUGGUGAUGUCAUAAUGACACGCGUCAAAAUAACCAACGAAGCGACGCCCCCCAGUGUUGUGUCGGACUUUGACGCGGACCUCGUCGCUCCCCAUGUGAUCAAAACGUCAUGGUUACCACCACACGAUGGCGCACCAGUUACCGGGUAUAAAGUAACGUACUGGAGUCGACCGGGAACCGUGAAAACAGAACACGUGCCUGCCGAUGUUUACUCCACGCAACUUGAAGGCUUACAACCAUCCACCCCCUACCAAGUUAAUGUACGAGCAUUGAACGGGGUGGGUGAUGGCCCCCCAAGUGAUACGACUAUGGUGGAAACACAACCUGAACUCCGCCUCUCGUAUCACUCGCCAAUGCAAGCGAAGACGAGCCAGAAGGUGGCGCACUUCACCUUAAAACGAAAUAUUAAAGAUUUCUAUGAAGAAUUAACGUGGGUGGUAACCAAGGAAAUGCGAAGGAAAAGUGACGACGACAGUUCGACGUCAUCGUCACAAUCUAGUUCAUCAAGCGAUGACUCCGACUCACCACACGAGGUUGCUAGAGGGUCGGUGACCUUUAACCCCGGGGAGGACACGGUGGUGGUCGAUUACCCGCUCAAGCAGAACAUGCGUCAUGCUUCACAGGUUUAUCGCUUACUCAUGCGUAAACAACCAUGUGACGACGAUCGUGAGCGCCCUCUAGCCAAUGUUGAGCUUAACGUGAUUAACGAUACAGGUUACCCCGGUCGAACGCGGAAACCUUUUGCAUCAUCCGUCUCCCCAUGUGAUUGUUCUGUGUCAUGGGAAAGUCCCGCUGGGGGUGGCCCCGUGGACGGCUACCAGGUGGUUGCAAAAACUAAAGGCGAACCUGACCUCAUGGUCACCGUCGGGCCCGACGAGCGACGCACGAUACUAACGGGGCUUAAACCAUCGACCGAUUAUGACAUCAUAGUUUACCCGUUUAACGAGGUCGGUGAAGCACGACCGUCGCAACCAGCCCAUGUGACCACACAAGAUGAGUUGAAAGUUGAAUUCAGCGAAAAGUUUUACUCGUUCAAAGCGAGCGACAAAGUUGCGGUGAUUCCCCUAAAGCGACACUUCACGCGAGGUUACGCGACUUUGAACUGGAACGCGAGAUGGUGCAAACGACACGAGGAUAACGUGAAUUCAGAUUCCGAGUCCGAUUCCGAGGGCCGGGCACGAGACUUUGCGUCAGGAUCCAUAACUUUCCCCGAUGGAAGCGAGGGGUCCGAGGUUCGAAUCCCACUGCAGCAAGUUCCACCCAAGAAGAAAUCUUUCUUUUGGAUAAAUAUAAGCGAUCCCAACCGUAAGAAGAGGUUGGCACAGAUGAGGUGUUCGUUACUCGACGAUAGGGCGUACGGGGUAAUUGGGUUCGAAACAUCGGCGAUCACGAAGGGUUACGUGGACGACGUGACCGGUGCCGUGGCUGUGGUGCCACUGGUGCGUGGCAACGGCACUGAGGGUCAUGUGACCGCCAGUUGGGUGGCACUAGAGCCACACGGCGUGGUGUCGAGUGAAUCGCGGUCGGGGGUUGUCACGUUUUGUGACGGCGAUAACGCGGCAACCGUCGCGAUAUUGCUCAACCCUGAUUGGCUGGAAAGGUCAUGUGACCCGAUUGUCGUCAAUAUCGAGCUCACUGAAGCGAAUCGUGGCGCGACCAUCGACCCCGACAAACGAACGUGUCACCUGACACUCAUGCCUGCUGAGCGUGGAACCAUCUCAAUAAAGAGUGAUUGUGAUGUCACAAAGUGGCCGAUUGAUGACGGGAUAAUCGAGUUUAAGGUUGAGAGGCAAGAUGGGACGCAUGGUCCGGUUUAUUUGAAGUGGAAGGUGAAUGACAUUGGUGGGGAGGUGGGCGAAUACGUGGUGGAUACAUCGGGUGAAGUGAGGAUGACUCAUGGAGAGGAUGAGGUUGCGUUCGGUAUCAAGAUGAAGGAUUGUGAGCAUGGGCCGCGCCAUAAUGUGGUUUAUGAUGUCAUAAUAUACACCACAACACCUGGUGUAAAGAUCAAGGAAGGUUGUGGGGUCGUAACCAUGACGAUGUUGCCGAACCUAGGGAUUGUGGGGUUUUCACCCAUCGAUGAUGUUGACUGGCCGACAAGUGGGAUUGGAUAUGAAGUUGUACGUGAGGAAUCCACCACUGGAGGGUGCUAUUUACAAUAUGAAAUAUUGGGAGGGGAGGAAUUGUUUGUGGAAAGUGGAGAUAUACGAAUGUCGCACGGGGAGUCAAGGGUUGUGGGUUCGAUACCCGCUAAAGGGGGUGCGUGGCCGGAUAAAGACGUCGACGUUACUUUACAACUUUUCCCAGUAACCCUGGUGUUGGGAUGAAAGCAGGGGGCGACGUUGUGAAGUUUGUGGUGAAGAAACCGAAACCUACGGGUAGCGUGGGGUUUGAGGGGUCACAAGUUGUUGAAGCGAACGCAAACGUGGAUAAAUAUGUUUCGAU